UUUGUGUAGCCAAUGAAACUCAGAAACAGAGGCCACGCUGACUUUUAGAGCAGCCACAACAAAAAAGUCCGCGUAAAGUGAAUUACCAGCUGAUGGCGUGUGGACGCGUACGAGUUGAAAGUUAAAAACGUGAGGUAGUGUUAUACAUUUGUUGCGGCAAUAAUGGCGACACGUAACAUAAGGGUGUAUGAGACAAACGACAUGCUUGGCGACUACAAAGCUCCUUUAAGCGAUGUGUCCGACUCCGAAGCAUCGGACGUGCAGAGCGAAAUGUCGUCCACUCACUCCGAGGAUGAAGAAAUGUCUCUGGAUGAAGAAGACCUGUCAUUCGACAUGGAUGAUGACGAAGAAUCUCAAGGAGAAAGUUUUCACAUGGAUGAUGAACUCUCAUGCAUUGAGGGGCUGGAGCCAUCGGAAGACAAUGAAAAACAAGAUGAGCCGCCCAGCAAACCCACUGCAGACCAAGAUGCCACCCCCUCCUCAUCACCUCAGGAGGAAUCACAGCCAAGCCCCUCUGCUGCUGGACCACAGUUCAGCCCCCCCUCUUCUCCUCAGGAGGCCAGCUCUUCAACACCUAAGACAGUCUCGCAUGGAAGGAAAAGAGCACGGUCUCCCUCACCACCACACACUGGCUCCAAAGCACAACAACGUUUACAGCUUCGUUGUCAGCUGCAUUUACGAAGUGUUUCCACAACCAUAAUAAAAGUACGUACUCAGCCACAGUCAGCAACUCUAGCCAGGACUUGGAAAACGGAGAAGGAUCAAGAUGUAUGUCCCAGCCCCAAGCCAUUUAAACCUGCAAGAACCCCGGGACAUCAGUUGAACUCGGACAGCUCUUACACUCCACUGGACUUGUUCAGACUGUUUUUCAGUGAGGAUGUGGCUCAAACGAUUUGCAGUAACACUAACAAACAGGCUGCCAAAAACAUUGCAAAAGGCAGAAAAUACACAUGGACUGAACUCAACAUCAAGGAGCUUUAUACAUUUUUGGGACUGACAUUCUUCUUCUCGCUGGUGAAACUGCAUAAUAUCUCUGACUACUGGAAAAAGAACACAAUUUUCAGUGUGCCUUUCGCCGCAAACGUCAUGUCACGGGACAGGUACAGGGUCAUCUCAUGGAACAUCCACAUGAGUGAUCCUGAGGAAGAUGUGGAGAAUGACAAAAAGAAGGGGACCCCUGAUUAUGACCACCUGUUCCGUGUAAGGCCCAUUCUAGACACAAUCAAAAAUGCUUGCAAAUCAUUUUACCACCCCAGGCAGAACAUCUCCAUCGACGAAAGGAUGGCUGCUACAGAAGCUCGCACUGGAAUGACCCAACACAUGAAGGCUAAACCAGUCAAAUCGGGCGUCAAACUCUUUGUUUUGGCAGACAGCCGCAAUGGCUACACUGUGGACUGUGCUGUGUACACUGGAAAGUCCCAGAUUGCCUCAGGUUUUGGAGUAGCCUAUGACUCUGUAAUGUCCCUGAUAAAUCCUGCAUACCUGGGCUGUGGCUAUCAUCUUUUUGUGGAUCAUUUCUAUACUAGUCCAAAACUGUUCUUGAAACUGUUCAAGCUUAACAUUGGAGCAUGUGGCACAUACAGAGACAAGCAAAGCAACAUCUUAACAAAAAAGGAUCCAAGAGGCUCCAUCAGGUGGAUCCGCCGCAACCCACUGGUUUUUGUAAAGUGGAUGGACACACGUGAGGUAAAUGUCUGCUCAACAAUCCACUCUGCAUUCUCUGGCGAAACAGUGAACAGGAGAGCAAAAACUAAGUCUGGCAACUGGGUCACAAGAGCCAUCCCAUGCCCAACACCUGUCAUUGAAUAUAAUAAUUACAUGGGAGAUUUGGACAUGUCAGAUCAGCUUAUACAAUAUUAUUCUGUUCACCACAGAACCGUGCACUGGUACCAGAAGUUGUUGUAUCAUUUAGUGGACAUUGCAGCUACAAACAGCUACCUCCUUCACAAAGAGCUCUGCAUGGAGAAGAAGGAGCAGCCCAUGGCCCACAUAGCCUUCCUGCAGAAGCUGACAACCCAACUGUGUAAUGUCACUAUCACGAUUCCUCUUGCAAAGACAAAGUCUAUCCAUGUACCUAUAAUAAUUAGUGAGCAGACUGAAAAAAGCAAAAGAGCUUCUUAUGGACGUAGGGGCUGUGUGCUCUGCAGGAUAAGCAGAAAGGUCCAACAGGCUACCCCCUGGAAAUGCAAAACAUGUAAAGUGGCCCUCUGUGUCAUUGCAAACAGGAACUGCUUUGAGAAAUGGCAUAGCUAAGUUUUUGUAAAAGGCAGACAGAUGGAUGUCUGGACUUUUUUGUAAAUAAAUGCAAAUAGCUUUUGAUGUGUUUUUUUUCCUCUCUGUUCCUAAAGCCUGAAAAUACAUUUUCAAAUGCCCAAGAUAUUUCCUGUGAUGUGUUUGUGAUUUAAAUAAAUUCCUGUA